UGGCUGUGUAAUUUCGGCGGUGAAGAGUAAUACCAAAACCCUUGUUUUUGAAAUUCCCGCCCAAUCACUCUUCCCCUCUUCCCCAAUUCCCAAUUUCCCCGUCAUUACUGCUACUGCUCAACCCCCUCAUCAUCACUCCCUUCCACCAAAAGCCAAAACCUCCCCCAGACCGAAGCAGCAUCGAUGGAUCCAUCUCCUCCUCCUCUUCCCCAAAACCCUAACCCUAACCCUAACCCUAAACAAGUCUACCAGAUCUCCGGCGUCCCCGUCGAGUUCCCCUACAAGCCCUACGGCACUCAACUAGCGUUCAUGGGCCGGGUAAUCUCGACAUUGGACCGGGCCAAGCGUCAGGGCCAUUGCCAUGCCCUUCUCGAGUCGCCCACAGGCACCGGCAAGUCCCUCUCUCUUCUUUGCUCCGCCCUCGCUUGGCAGCGGCAUCACCCCCGUCGAUUCCCUCAAUGCAACCCUAAACCUAACCCUAAUUCUCAGCCUUCUACUGCCCCGGACCCGCUGGUCCAUGGUGGAGGGUUCAUCCCCGAACCGGAGACGUCAUCGAUGAAUUUGGAGCAAGGGAAGGCAGUGAUGAGCGCUAGGGAUCAAAAGAAGAUGGUGAUGCCCAAGAUUUAUUAUGCCUCGAGAACACAUUCACAGAUAAGCCAAGUGAUUCGAGAGUACAGGAAAACAUCAUAUCGUGUGCCAAUGGCAGUUCUUGCAUCACGGAAGCACUAUUGUACCAAUAAGCAUGUAUGCAGGACGGAGAAUAUAGACGAAAACUGUAAACUCCUCCUAAAAGAUGAAGGAGCUGGGUGUCCUGAAUUUAAAAAUGCUCACAAAGUCAAAAGUCAUUCCUCUCUUCAGAAAGGUGGCACUUAUGAGGUUCAUGACAUAGAAGACCUUGUAAAGAUUGGCCGAACUGUGAAAGGGUGUUCCUAUUUUGCAUCCCAGACAUUAGCAGCCGAAGCUCAAAUAGUUUUCUGCCCGUACAGCUACAUUGUAAAUCCAGUUGUUCGAAGAGCAAUGGAUAUAGACAUCAAAGGAUCCAUUGUGAUUCUUGAUGAAGCCCACAAUAUAGAGGACAUGGCACGUGAUGCUGGAAGUAUGGAUGUUGAGGAAGAUGUUCUCCAUAUACUGCAAAUGGAAUUAGGGCAGCUCUGCAUGGAUGAAAGCCUUGCAUUAAUAUAUCGACCUUUAUAUGACACAAUUCAGGGGAUUAUUGGCUGGAUAGGUGACAGGAAAAACAAUUUACAGAAGCGAGAAUUUGAACAUUACUCUUCAUUUUGGACAGGGGAUAAAGCCAUCAAUGAGCUUCAAUUAGCUGGAAUAACUUUGCAAUGCUUUCCAGUAUUACAAGAAUGUGCUGCAAAGGCAAUUAAAGCAGUUUCAGAUGCAGAGUCAGAAGGAGCACAUUUAAGUGGCACCUCGGCUAUCACAUUGGAGACAAUUUUCUCCUCAUUGGGUUACUUUUUCUCUGGGAAUGGCUGCCAUGUGCUUGAUUAUCAGCUUGUAUUGCAGCGACAUGUGAAAAGAGAUAGCAGUAAUACUGCAAGUGGCUGGACUUGCUCGUUAAGCUUGUGGUGCUUAAACCCCUCCGUUGUUUUCAGAGAUAUUGCACAUCUCUGUCUUUCAGUUAUCCUAACAUCUGGAACACUGUCUCCAAUGGGCUCUUUUGCAUCUGAACUUGGUGUGCAAUUUGAAGCUUGUAUGGAAGCACCUCAUGUAAUUGAUGUGGAAUCACAGCUUUGGGCAUCAGUGAUCACCUCUGGACCUGGAAACUGUCAGUUAAAUGCCAGCUACAAAACUGCUGAUGGUUAUGCUUUUCAGGACUCACUGGGAGCUUCUCUGGAAGAAAUUUGUAAGAUUGUACCAGGCGGUGCUCUUGUCUUUUUUCCUAGUUAUAAGCUUCUGGAAAAGCUACGUCUCCGUUGGUGCCAGACUGGUCAAUGGUCUCGGCUAAACGCACAAAAGUCAGUCUUCAUCGAGCCAAGAGGGACAGAUGAGUUUGAAUCAGCUUUGGGGGAAUAUUAUGAUUGCAUUCGUGGACAAGGUAGAACUUUUCGUGGCAAAACCAAAAAUGGACAAAAGCGAUUUUCUACACACAUUAAUCCAAAGGCCUCUUCAGAAACUUGCACGAGUGGAGCUGCUUUCCUUGCAGUCUGCCGAGGAAAGGUAUCUGAGGGGAUAGAUUUUGCUGAUGAAAAUGCAAGAGUAGUUGUAGUAGUGGGCAUUCCAUUUCCAAAUACAAACGACAUUCAGGUUGUGCUGAAGAAAAGAUAUAAUGAUACAUACAAACCAUCCAAAAGUCUACUAAGCGGAAGUGAUUGGUACUGUCACCAGGCAUUCCGUGCUCUGAAUCAAGCUGCAGGUCGCUGCAUUAGGCACAGGUCAGAUUAUGGUGCUGUAAUUCUUCUAGAUGAGCGAUUUAAGGAGAAGCGGAAUCUCAAUUACAUUUCGAAGUGGUUAAGGAACUCAAUCAAACAGUAUGACAGUUUUGAUGAGUCAAUGGCGGGACUGCGGAGUUUCUUUGAACAGAAAAGGUUAAUUCAGAAAGGCAGGGAAAGCGAGCUUGUUACCUCUGACCCUGACAUUGAUAAUCUAAUUUCUUCAGAACAGAAUUUGACUGAGGUAAAUACACAGAAGAAAAACCAGAAACAAAAGAAGCCCAAUGGUGGGAGAAGGAAGAUAAUUCCUGAUGAUAAAGUCGGCGCACCAAAAACAUUUCCAAAGGAUGGUUCUCCCUCUGCAACAAAAUCUCAGUGCCUCACAACAUCAGCAAGCGAGUUAAAUGAGAAAGUCUUGAGCCAACAUGUGUUUUCUGCACCAAUAUGUAUAGCCUCUCCUGAGAACACUUUGGAGCAAUCCACAGUCAUAAACAGCACUGCAAAAGGGUAUCAGGCCUCAAAGCCUGAUGGAUUUUCUAAGUAUGACAACUCAUUUUCGGGACUGAUGGAGUCCUGUAAUCAGCUUCUAGAUAGACAAUCCUUUUCCUGCUGUACAUUUUCAAAUGGAAUGUCUUCUGAAGAUGCACGUACAACGACAAUUAGCCCUGAAAGAGUAACAUAUCUAGAUGUCAGUGAUACUGAACAGGAAUCGACAUUAAAUAAGAGCGUGAAUUCUUAUAGCCAAAGAAAAAGAAAGCUAAUGGAUGCAAGAGAUAAAAACCGUUCUCAGGUUAAAAGUUUGAACUACCUUGAUUCAGAAUCAUGCUACAAGUUUGACCGCAUCAGUGCCAAGAAAAUAACUACAUAUGCCAGUCGGAGGAUUCAGGCUUCUUUUGCCGACAGUUGUUCAGAUGGCAAGCCUCAAUUACAUGGAUUAUCAAUGCAAACUAACAUGGGCAUGCUACCUAUAUUAGAUGAUACAUUAGCAGAAAAGAAGCUACAUAUCUGCUGUUUGGUCUGUGAAAAUCCUUUGGGAUUGCUUGAGAACAAUUUUAUUGUUCCAUGUAGAUCAACAUCAUUGUCUAAGGUCUACUUGGCAUAUAUCCUGGAUUAUGAGCCUAAGGGUUAUAGCUUCUUAGAGUGUCUUUCAAGUAUUCUAAAAAAAGAAAUAAAUGUUAUAAUUUCUGAUACUUCAAGUGUUGAUCAGCGCAUGUUUAAGACCGGAAUUAAUGAAAACGUACUGCAGCAUGAUAUCUGGUGUGAAGAAGAUGGAUGUGUGUUCAGGACUACUCUUUGCCCUUUCUGCACUGACCGUAGCGCCUGUCUUGGAGUAGAAAUUAAAGCAACUGAUACUUCAAAUGUACACUUACUAAAUAAGGUUGUCUUCUUUGCUGAUCACUUGUAUAUUAAGGAUGAACAAACGCCAAAGCAAGAGGCGACGCUGCGCACUUGUGUAAACAACCUCAAACCAGACUCAGGUUCAGUUGAUAUUGAGAAAUAUGCAUAUAAUUCUCAGCAUGAUUCUGUAUUAGCGAAAAGAGAAAAAUCAAAGGUUAGAAAUGAUGCUUUUACUCUUGACAUACUAAUUUUCUUAUUAAUUACUACCAUCAUUUCGUUUCACUUAGCAGCUCAGAUUGCCCAGGAAAUGAUUAAACUUCACUAAAUCAUUAUGAUGACCUUAAAUUACCAGCGGGCCAUUUUGUGGUUGGUCUCUUCAACUUCUGCAGUUUCAAGUAUCUUUGGUUGCACAUAUGAAAAUGUUUUUGUAUUAAUAUAUCUGGUUAGACAUGCUUGAAAUGGUUGUAUUUAUUAAUUUUCCCAUUUCUGUGUUAUUGCAUGCAAUAAUCUUCUGGUCUAUUGUAUUUGCACGUUUAUUCGUAAGAUUUAAGCUUGAGCUUUUUAGAAUCUCAAUUUUAUUGAGGCA